UGUCCCAUUGUACCAAUUGACUGUGUCAUUAGCCUAUUAUUACUGUUCCUAGGCCCAAAUUUUAAAGUUCAACAAACAAGACAAAAAAAGACAAAAUAGGAACCUGAUCUGAUCAGACGCCGAUGAUUUACUGCGCCCGCCACCACGUAACAUGGGUUUCAUCUUCAUCUUGAUGCUCCCACCACGGUCUUAUCUUCACUGCAGGGAAGAUGUAUGAGUUCUCUAAUGUUGAUGGUUUUCUGGAGAUAAGUGAAUCCAUGGCAGAGAUGAUCAAGUACGUGGCUAAUGAACCAUCUGUUGGGCUUUUCUUUAUCCAACAUCAUGCUCAGAAUGCUGUGCCCAAUGUCAUCAAAGUUAAGAAAAAUCUUGUUGAGAAGUCUCAUGAAACAACUUUGCAGACACAAGAUUUUGAGGACUCCAUUGCAAUGGUUCGAUCAAUGAAAGAGUGCGGAUCUCCCAUAGCUAAUGGGAUGAUAGGAGAGAUUAAAAAAGCUAUGGUGACUAUGAAAACAAAACAACCGAAAAGAGGGUUAAUCCGUCCCUCGGCAUCAGGUUCUCAGACAGAAAUUGCCAGCUUUUGGGGUAAAACUACAUUUCAUGCUCAGGAAGGUGAUGAAAAAAGGAGCAACUACUUUUCAAAUGUUUUCAAGUCAGCAAAAAAGAAGGUUAACAGUCUCAAUUGGCAGCAACCUGAUGCUAGGGGAUCAAUAGAUUCCAAAGGUGAGAAGCCACAGGUGUGUCUUGAUUCGCAAUUAUCAACCACAUCUGCUAGCAUUACUUCAUCUUUACAGGGUACUGAAACUGAUGAGUUACCCAUGUCAAGCCAGGUUGGAGGUGAGUCUAAAUAUGAAGAGACAGAUGCUAGUGAUAUUAGUGUUAAGUUAUUGUCAGUUUCAGAAAGAUAUGAUGACUUCAAAGCUAAUAAAGAAGCUAAGCUAGAGGAGUGGCUGGAAGGAACCAGCAACCUUGAUGAUAAUUGCAUUACAGGUGAUGAAAAAAGGUGAGUUUGGCUACACUUCAUAAAAAGUUUUAGCUAGUAUAUACUUACCGAUACCCCCGACAAACACCCAAAGUGAGAAAGGAAGAGAAAAGAGAGAAGUUAUGGAAGUGAUAUAUGAUAUGAUUUGGUAAGAAGAGAGAAAAAUGAGGUGUCUUUGAGUGUCCAAGUAUCAUUACUGGCAUACUUUUGUGUAAUAUUUUAACUGUCUCUGAAUAUUUGAUUAUACAUAAAAUUAUUUGUAAUGCUGUAAAAUGUUCUGUGAACAAGCAUGAUAAUGUAUUGGGUUAAUCACAUAUGACCCUGCAUUCCUUCCACGGUUCUACCGAAAACAUCACUAUCAGCUUCCUUAUGAGGUGCAAUGUCGUUGUAAUUAGAAGCCAUACCAACAUCUAUGACUAUUUCUUUGGUGUUUUUGUUUUUUUAAUUUCUUUUCUGUUGC